AUGCUGCCGGUGCAUCUGCGGCUGCUGGCGGCGCUGGUGGAGACGAUCGGUGCGCCCAUCAAGCUCACCGUCGCCGCCGCUGCGGCGCAUGACACGGGCUUCCGAGAGAAAGUCAUUCUCCUUGCUCAGGCCUUCCAUCGCAUGAACGUGCGUGUGCACAGGCGGCUGGACACGAGGCAGCAUCCCAGGCAGCACCGCCACCUGCCCAUCCGCCCGCUCAACGAGGAGAGGGCUGUGGACCUGGCCGCUCACUUGCUAGGGGAGCUCUUUGUCUUCGGGAUGGGUGGCAGCAUCAUCGUGGCGGAGGUGGGCAAGCAGGGGCGAGCAGAGGCGAGGAAGGAGGAGGCGCACAGAAGAGAGGUGCAGGUGAGAGCUGGGGAGGUGAGGGCUGGGGGAGGUGAAGGCUGGGGGAGGUGA